AUGCAGUUUGAUCGUCAAACCUUAUCCAUUGCAAUGCGUUUCUUGAUGGCCAAAACUCCAGAGCAAAGGGCAGCUGUUGAUCUGGACACUCAUUACACACAGCUUAGGUUUCAUUCUUUUAUACCAUAUCAUAUGAUGAUGAUGCUUAUAUUAUCCAUUAUCCAAUCCUACAUACAGUUUGAACCUCACCCCAUGUAUCUAUGCAGGAAUAUCUUGAACAACAUAUUGGAGUUAAAACAAGAAGACAGCAAGGGGGUGUCUGCUCGUGCUAUGAUGAGCGAGUUGUUUGGGAAGAAAACAGGGUGUUACUGUGGUCAGGGUAGAUCCAUGCACAUGUUCUCUACUAAACACAAUGUUCUUGGAGGGCUUACCUUUAUAGGAGAAGGCAUCCCUGUUGCCACAGGUGCAUCAUUCAGUAGCAAGUACAGGAGAGAAGUGUUGAAAGAAGCAGAUUGUGAUCAUGUGACAUUGGCAUUCUUUGGAGAUGGGACCUGUAAUGAUGGGCAGUUCUUUGAGUGUUUGAACAUGGCAGCUCUAUGGAAAUUGCCUAUCAUAUUUGUGGUGGAGAACAAUCUGUGGGCAAUUGGGAGGUCCUAUCUGCGUUUAACUUUAGAUCUAGAAAUCUAG